UAAUGGUAAUGAACGGUCCACCAUUUGCAAUCGUUCGCUUGCGUUCAUUUGCGUCCGGAUCGGAGUCCAUUGUGAGUUUGUGUUGGCUUUUUCGUACAUCGUGAUCGUUACCUUCGCCGUGUACUAGGAGCACAAUGUCGUUUAAUCGAGGAGUGAAGAGAGAUUCCUUCGGUAAUCGAGGGAAUUUCAACCGGAGUAGUGGAGGCGGCGGAGGUGGCGGAGGUGGCAAUCGUAUUAGCAGCAACAUGAAUAACAGCGGCAUGGGGAAUAAUAUGGGUGGAGGGAUGAGUGGGAGCAGCGGCAUGAGCGGAAUGAAUCCCUGGGAAGGCGGCAUGAUGCCUGGCAGAGGAAUCCUGCCCACGCCUAAUAACAAUCUCUCCCUGGCGUCGCCGCAAGCGCAGCUGGCAAUCGCCAGCAACCUCCUGACAAAUCUACUUCGCAGCCAGCAGGAAGUGCAACCCCAACAGGUACCGUCUCUGAUGAGCUUUGGAAAUAAUUACUCCGGACCAGGGUCGAACUAUCCGAGUCAACAGAACUAUUCAUCCGGACGGUUCAAUGAUCGAACGACGCGGCACCCCUUGAAGAACACGCGUCCCCAACCGUACAAGAUGGGCAAUCGCGCCCGAGAUGGCCCCGCUGGGCGACGUGGCCCAUCCGCACAACAAUCUCGUGCACCCCAGUCUGGCAGUCAACGUAUGAACGGAAACCAAAUCCAACAUCGCAACGAUAAAUCUUCUAAACCAAUUCCUGCCUCUAAACAAAAUCAGACUGCCAAAAAGGAACAGCAAGAUGUUAAGACUGAUACUGAAAAAGCAGAACCAUCUGUUCCAAAAAGUGAUGACGCCGAUAAUACCGAGGAUAAGAAACGAGAUUGGAAGGACGAGAAGGGAGAGGCGGAGGAAGUAGUCCCAAAACUGGAGAACACUGAAGAUGAAAAAGUAGAGGACGCUGAGGGAAAGAUGGACACGUCUGCCGGUGCCGAAGACGCCGCGCUGAAAGAGACGAAAGAGGCGUCCGACAAAAGCGAGAAGGACAACGCGAAGGCAACCGGCAAGAAGUCGGAGGCGAGACACGCCGAGAGCCGUUACGCCGAGGUUCCGAUGAGUCACAUGUUUUGCCACAUUUGCAACAAGCACAUGUGGGACGGAUUUUCCUUCGAGAAUCAUCUACGCGGACGCGCGCAUCAGUUGAUGAUGGACAAACUGGACGAGUCGUACAAAUUGAAGGUUGAUCUGAUGAGGCACGAGUUGCGGGUAGCCGAGGAGCAGCGGCAGCUCAGCUUGAACAAUUCGAAGCGGCGCGGCAAGAAAGUUUCUGUAGACUUCAACGUCAGAGAGUACUGCACGAUGUGCGAUCUGAACUUUUACGGCACCCUGUCUAUGCACAGGAAAAGCGAGAAGCACCAGCAACUGAAGACAUUUCUGCAUCCCCGCUGCUUCCCUUGCCUGAAGGAAUUCCCCUCUCGCAUAGAAUAUGACGAGCAUUGUCUAACGCCUACCCACAUGAAGAACGCUGUUCAGUGCGAGGAACAACGGAAGAAUAAAAAGAAAGAGAAACUGGCGAAAGGAGAGGCCGAGGUUCGCACGGCGGAGGACGAGGAUAAGGACGUGUGCCACGACGCGAAGAACGAUAAGGAGGAGGACGUGGGAGAGCAGGAGUACGUAAUGGAUAUCACGGAAAAUAUGAACGAGAGGAAGUUCAAAGUGCCGUCUUACAAUAUUGCGCAGCAUCAGAUCGCUAUCGGUAAAUCCAUGGUGAAGGAAGUUCAGGGAUUCUACUGCGAGCGUUGCCGACGAUUGCUCCUGACUGAAGACAUGAACGCUCACCUGCGCAGCAUCACCCACUAUCGCAACUUCGUGUCGGAGGUGAAGUCCUUAACGUCGAACACGACGGCUGCGGAGACGAAGGAGACCGAAGGCCGAGGUAAACGAAAUCGCGAAGAGAGAAAAAAAGAACGUCACGACGAGUGCGACGGUAACUGGAAGCGCCGUAAGAUCGAUAACGGCAAGGACGAGGGGGCCGACACGCCUCCUCGCCUUGACAAGGAGGCGAUCGAGGAUAAGGUCGAUGCCGCGAACGUGGCGCCGAAGAAGUCGGACGGGGAGGAGAAAUACGAUCCGCUGGAAGCCGACGCUACCGAGUCGGAGGAGGAGGAGAAUCGCGAGACGGAGGUGAAGGUGGAGACUGCAACGGUCGCGGGCAACGCGGCUAACGUGCAAGACAAGAAAUUGCCGGUCGAGGAAGCGUGGGCGGAUAUAGACAACGACGACGACAUCGAGAUGAGCAAUUUGAUCGACGACGCGGACGAGAAGGAGCACGCGGAUCAUGAGAAGUCCAUGCAGAAGGUGGACCGUAAUCCGGGUCCUCGUAAGUCGCCCAGGGGGGGUCGCGCGUACUCACGCGGCCGCGGUGGUCCGCGCGCCAGGAGAUCCCGGCGAUAAGGAGGUAAUUGCGAUUCACGGAACAGCGGCAAGCACCGAAAGUAAAAAACGCAGGAAUAAAAUGUAUCAAAACGAAAAAAAA